AUGCCCAGCAACGACGCACAGUACUCACCUCGUCAGAUAUCCACUACGUCUGGCCAAGAUCCUUUCACGUGUUGUGGGGAUUGUGAUCCCUGCAAGGCUGGCCAGGAAUGCAAGACUCUCAUCGCGGCCAAGAAACUCCACACCAAGACUGGACUCGCACUCAACACUACCAUCUCUGCGCUCACCGUGUUCAAGGAAGCAGCGAGCGGAGCUGGGGUGGCCGUUCCUGGGCUACGACAGGCUGCUGGAUGUAGCCUGUGGAUAGUCGAGACAAUUGCUAUGAUGGACGACAACAAGACCUUGUUCAACGGCCUCGCUCAGCGGUGCAUGCACCUGACGCUGAUCAUCAUCCACAACAUGAGGCGUCAGGAACAGCGCCUCAGGGAGGAAGCCGCGGAAAAUGGAAGCGAAAUCCCUGACAGCAUCGCUAUCCCUGAAGAGCUGCAGCAUAAAGUCCAGGCAGCGUUGGAGAAGACCGAGAAGACACUUAGAGAAAUCCUUGGGCGUCGUUUCAUCUGGCGCUUCAUCCUCGCCAGGGCGGAUAAGAUUACCAUUGCGCGACACCAAGCCAAGAUCUCGGACGCCGUCACCGACUUCCACAUGCUAAUGACUAUGGACAUUUACACCAUGGUUGGCAGGAAGCGUAUGAUCCGGAUCGACGACGACAAAGCUCGCACACAAGCAGAUCGGUACGCGGAGGAAGAUCGAGAAGCGCGAAUCAGGGCACGCGCGGAGGCUGAAGCGGCUGCUAAAGCCGCAGAAGCCGCAGCAGAGGCAGAGAAAGAGAGGGCGAGGCGGCCGCCUCCCAGACCUGUUCCUUCACAGGAUCGGCGUCGCUCAUGGGUGGACCAGGUGGUAAACAAUUCUAUUGGGAAUGGGAACAAUAACGACAUUAGAAACUCGGGGAACGUCAACAGCACUUACACGGUGGACUCGUUCAAUAAUUCCAGGGUUAGAAAUGAUAGGGUGCAUGUGGACCGGUCAUCCUAUGGAGACAAAGCUCGUGUAACCAAGAAGAGCUAUGACUACUCGGGCUCGAACUUUGGACACAACAAGUCCCGCCACAACAGUAAUAUCUUUGCACCUAAUGGAAACGUGAACGACGACCACUCCAAUCGCAGCCACAGUAAUAACUACCCAGAACGCUCUCCAAGGGAGCAGAACCGUCGAUCGUCGGCGAUCCGUUACGACGAUCCACCACGAGGCUUCUUCAGCCAUGACAGUCGACGUAGCUACAGAAGGAGGUCAAGUGACGAUAUUCCUGAACGUAUCGACGAAGAGCUUCUAUACCCCAGACAUGCUCGGCGCGGUGAUGACUCUGACUCGGACAGCACUGGCUCGGAAGACGAAGAUGGACAUGAGGACCCAAGGCGCCACCGUGGCUCGCACAAUCGCCCCUCGGCAAGCCCCUCUACAAGGCCACGCUCUGGAAGGCACUCAGUGCUUGAAAAGACACAUGAGUCAGAGAGGGAAUACUCCGAUACUAGGUCCACUGCGCAGCGCUCCGCUAGACGGGAUGCUCGAGGUACAUACGACGAUGAUCACGAAUCUGCUGAGGUCUACGCCUCCUCCAGGCAACUACAAGUCCGACAGCAGAACGGGUACACUAGUGCGACAAGUCAAGGCCGCUCAGCGGGUGGCAGUAGUCGCAGCGUCACCUCGCAGAGACAGAAGCCGAAGCGCCGAGUGGUGACGCGAAGGAAGUCCAGCAAUGACAUCUACGAGAGCCCCGAAGAAACAGACUUCGAUGAAGAAAUACGAUCCCAAUACAGCGAGCGCCCUCGUCAUAGCCAGACUUGGGCUCAGCCAGCUGAGGUGGGGUAUGGACGACGAGGAUCGAGGGAGUAUCGCUGA